UCCGAGUCGGAGGCACAGCUCUGUCCGCCGCCCUAUGGACACCGUGCUCUUCCUCGCCCUCGGGCUGCUGGCCCAGGGCCUGGGCCUUUCAUUGGGGGUUCUGGGGCUGAAGAGGCCCAGCACCCUGUUUCCCUGGCUCCAGGCGCCUGCGCUGGGCCGUGUUCGGAGAGCCUGGGUCAUCCCCCCCAUCAGCGUGUCGGAGAACCACAAGCGCCUCCCCUAUCCGCUGGUGCAGAUCAAGUCUGACAAGCAGCAGCUGGGCGGAGUCAUCUACAGCAUCCAGGGGCCUGGUGUGGACGAGGAGCCCCGGGGGGUAUUCUCUAUUGACAAGUUCACAGGCAAAGUGUUCCUGAACGCCACGCUGGACCGGGAGAAGACAGACCGCUUUAGGCUAAGGGCCUUUGCUCUGGACCUCGGAGGAUCCACCCUGGAGGAGCCCACAGACCUGGAGAUUGUGGUUGUGGAUCAGAACGACAACAGACCUGUCUUCCGGCAAGAGGUGUUUACUGGCCAAGUGCUGGAGGGCGCUGUGCCAGGCACCUUUGUGACCAAAGCCGAGGCCACAGAUGCUGAUGACCCGGAAACGGACAACGCAGCCCUGCGGUACUCUGUCCUGGAGCAGAGCGGCCCACAGCUCUUCAGCAUCGAUGAGCACACGGGGGAGAUACGCACAGUGCAAGUGGGCCUGGACCGCGAGGUGGUUGCCGUGUACAACCUGACCCUACAAGUGGCAGACAUGUCUGGAGAUGGCCUGACCGCCACUGCCUCCGCCAUCAUCACCCUAAAGGAUGUCAAUGACAACGCCCCCGGGUUCAGCAGGGAUGAGUUCUUCGUGGAGGCCCCAGAGGCCAUGAGUGGCAUCGACGUGGGACGGCUAGAGGUGGAAGACAAGGACCUGCCAGGUUCCCCAAACUGGGCAGCCAGGUUCACCAUCCUGGAGGGCGACCCUGAUGGGCAUUUCGCUAUUCGUACAGACCCCAAGACCAACGAAGGCGUGCUGUCCGUGGUGAAGCCCCUCGACUAUGAGAGUUGUGACCAGUAUGACCUCAAAGUGGUGGUGCAGAACGAGGCCCCCCUGCUGGCAGCGGCCCCCAGGGCACAGUGGGACCAGGCCCGAGUCAGCGUCCAGGUGCAAGAUGUCAAUGAGGCACCCGUGUUCCAGGAGAACCCCCUGAGGACCAGCCUGGUGGAGGGGGCAGCCCCAGGAACCCCCGUGGCCACCUUCUCUGCCCGAGACCCCGACACACAGCAGCUGCAGAGGCUCAGCUACACCAAGGAUUACGACCCGGAGGACUGGCUGCAAGUGGAUGGAGCCACAGGCUGGGUCCAGACGCAGCGUGUGCUCAGCCCAGCAUCCCCCUUCCUCAAGGAUGGCUGGUACAGGGCCAUCAUUCUGGCCCACGACGAUGCCUCCCCACCCCGCACAGCCACCGGGACCUUGUCCAUUGAAAUCCUGGAGGUCAAUGACCAUGCCCCUGAGCUGUCCCCACCAUCUGGAAGCCUGUGCAGUGAGCCAGACCAGGGCUCUGGCCUUCUCCUGGGUGCCACGGAUGAGGACCUGCCCCCCCAUGGGGCCCCCUUCCACUUCCUGCUGAGCCCCAGGUUUCCAGAGCUGGCACAGAACUGGAGCCUCAGCCAGAUUAACAUGAGCCACGCUCGCCUGCGGUUGCGGCACCAGGUCCAGGAGGGGCUGCACCGCCUCAGCCUGCUGCUCCGGGACUCAGGGCAGCCGCCCCAGCAGCACGAGCAGCCCCUGAAUGUGACUGUGUGCCACUGUGGCCAGGAUGGCACCUGCCUGCAGGGGGCCGCUGCGCUGAGGGCAAGGGGCACAGGCAUCAGCCUGGGCGCCCUGGCCAUUGUGCUGGCCAGUGUCAUCCUGCUGCUCUUGCUCGCCCUGCCGGUGGCUCUCCUCACGCAGUUCCGGCAGCCAUCAUGGGACAAGGGGCUUCUACAGGGACUGCAGGACGACCUCAGGGACAACAUCCUUAACUACGAUGAGCAAGGGGGUGGGGAGGAGGACCAGGAUGCCUAUGACAUCAGCCAGCUGCGCCACCCAUCCAAGCUGGCAACCCUGAGUGCCCCUCUGGGACGGCCACCACUGCGCCGAGAUGCCCCAUUCAGCCAGAUGUGCCCCCCGCCAUCCCACAGGCUGCCCAGCAGCCCUGCAGACAUGGCAGACUUCAUCAAUGAUGGCUUGGAGGCUGCAGAUGGUGACCUCAGCGUCCCGCCCUAUGACACGGCUCUCAUCUAUGACUACGAAGGGGAUGGGUCCAUGGCGGGGACACUGAGCUCCAUCAUGUCCAGUCUGGGCGAUGAGGACCAAGACUACAGCUGCCUCCAGGACUGGGGUCCUCGCUUUGCCCGGCUGGCCGACUUGUAUGGCCCCCUCUGAAGGCUGGAGCAAGGGCAGGAUGCAAUGGCCACUCAGCACAGGGAAGAGAGCUUUCUGCACCCACCCUGCUGAGAAGAACAGCCACCUGGACAGAGAGAGUAGACACGCUUACCAGGAUGGGCAGCCUGACCACAAGGGUCUGACUGGACAUGCCAACAUCUGGCUGUGUAGCUUGGAGGACCAGCUGACCUGUAUGGAGGUGGCUACCGAGCACCUGGCCCCACACCCAGGGGUCUUUGGGCAGCCUGCUUCUCCCAGGGGAGUGUGGAGUCCCAGGGGCAGAGCCCAGAGCCUGGGGUGGGGCUGUGGGAAGGCGAUGCCCCUCCUGAUCCAAUGGCCCCAUGGCACUGCUCUGAGUUGCCUGUGACAGGGGUCAGCCACCCUCAUCCCAGCUCUGGCCCCCAUGCAGAUCUCAUCCGUGUGUGAAAGGACGUAGCUCUCAGCAAAUUCGGAUUAAA